CGUUUCCAGCAACGCCUCACAGUGCUGGCUGACUGGUACGACAAUCGCACUGGAGUGUGUGUGUCUGGUGGCUGAGCUGUGGUUCCAUUCGGGCCUGUUUUUUCUUCUCUCUGCGAUAGGUCUUUGAAGUUGGCUGUACCGGUGUGAAUAGGUUCACCCACCAGUUCACGGCUGUCUUUGAGAAGUUCGCUUCUUCGCAGGGGAUAUAUUCAGAGCUUUAAGAAAAGGUGAACACUUAUUGACGACAUCGAGCUGAAGUUGCAAGUAACAAACCAGAUCACCCAGAGAAUAUUCAGAAGCAUUGUAUCGCAAUACUUUGCUAGAGGUUUCUGAAGACAUAUUCUUUGACAGAGAGUACUCAACCAACUAAAAUGGAUGUAGGUGACGACAACGGAAACCAGGGGACCCUCGUGGUGGAAAACGGAGAGAAAAUCUCAAAACAUGAUGACUUCUUCGAUGACGCGCCCCCCAAACACGCACAAAGCCCAGAACCCGAAACAGCACCACAAACAAAUGCAAAUGGGGACGCAGAAAAGAUACAAGUGAAUGGGGACGUAGCCCAUGAAGAAACGAAUGGAAAGGAAGAAAAAGAAGAGACAGGCGAAACUCAGCAAGCCGCAGCAGAAGAUGCUGCUGAUGGAUUGAAAAGCGAAGAAAACACAGAAGCCAUGACAAAUGGGGACGUGGGUCAUGAAGAGACGAACGGAAAAGAAGAAAAGGAAGAGACAGAGGAUACCCAGCAAGCUGCAGCAGAGGAUGCUACUGAGACAGACCAGGCAAAGCCCGAAGACCCAGCUCCUGAAGACGUGGAAUCCGAACCCAAACAGGAAGCCACUGACGAUCCACCUGCCGGCGAAGACGCGGCGCCGGUCACUACAGAGGAAGCUGCGGUGACCACGAAUCAGGAGGAGGAAGAGGCAGAGGAGAAAAAAGAAUCGGAGGAAGACGGAGAAGACGUCGAGAAGAAGGAGGAACUUCUACCAGUGGAGGGCGACGGCGCCGAGACGAGGACGACGUCCACACACAGCCACUACACGGACGACUUCUCGCAGGCCUCAGAGGAGACAGCCGCCGCCGCCCGGACCACGCCCACUGGGGACACAGAAGUGGAAGAAAAAGAGGCGGCCCCAGCACCAACGACCCCUGAACCUGCCCCCACGGAGGAGCAGGAGCAAGAGGAGCUGGAGAAAGAGGAGGAGAAAGAGGAGGAACAACAUGAUGACGACGUUGCUCCCGUGUCUAAGUCAGAGGCCGAUGUGGGGGUGGAAGCUGAGGUUGAGGCGACUCCAGCGACAGAGGAAGAAGAACAACAGUCUGGGGAGCUCGCUGCAGGGUACCCACCAGCUCCGAGCUCUCGGACCAGCAGUCGCAGCAGUGGCCGUAGUGGGGGAGGUGGAGGAGGAGGAGGAGGGGAUGCUGUGGGCGAGGAAGGAGCGGGGGAAGCCAGGGCCGACUCCAGGGCUGAGGCAGCCUCCGUGGUGCCAGUCCCAGUGGCAGAUCCCCCGGUCGUCGUCACAGACGGACGCAGCAGUGGACUCGGCGCGGAGGAACAAGGCGACAGGGGCGAAGACCGGUCAGAAGAAAAAGCCCCCGAAGGUUCCGAAGACUGCAGAGGUCAAGGCCAGUGGCGUCCGGAGGAGCAGCAGGCGAUGGCGUCCGCCAUGAUUGCACACCAGUCAGAGAAAGAUGUCCAGGAGGAGCUCAACCACGUCAAGAAAGAAUACGAUGAUCUCAAGGACCGGCUAGCCGUCCUUGAAGAGGAGCUGGAGAAGAAGAACGAUCAGCUGAUCGUGAACAAGGAGAUCAAUGCAGAAAAAGACAAGAAAAUCAAAGAUCUCCAAGAGGAGGUGGAUCGUUUGCUGACGAAGAGCCUGGGAGAUGAGGAAGUUGAGGCUAGGGUCAAAGAUCUCCAAGAACGACUCGCCAUCCUGGCUAGAGAGAACGAGGAGAAGGACAAGCGAAUCUGCAAGCUGGAGGGAGAUCUUAAAGACGUCACGACCAAACUGCGGGACACAGAACGCAAGCUCUUCGCCUCAGAAGCGACGAAUGCAGCCCAACCUGAGGCGCCCAAAUCAAAAACUUGUAUCGUUAUGUAAAUUGAUUCACUUUGCAUGUUAGGAAUUUUGUGUUGUAUCGAUUGAAAAAUGUGCAUAAUAUUAUAAUAAUUUUUUUCAUCGACAUUUCGACGUCAUAUAAUUUGGUUGUUUUUUUUUUAAAGAUCUGAUUCUAUUUGUAUAAUUCGGACUGUGAUAAAAAUGAAUACUCAUAAUUAUUUUAACAGAACGGGGCUUUGUGUUGAAGGGGAUGAAUGGGGUGGGUUCUCUUCAUAUGUGUGAGGAAGUGGGGUUGAGGCGGGGGUGUACAUCUGACUUUUGAUCAACUUAAGAGUUUACUGCACAAUCAUUCUAUGCUUGACUCCUAAGAUUCUAUAACCAAAUCUAUGUCAACGUACAGAAGAAAGAAAAUAGCCCAAAAUUCUGAUUUUUUGGUAAUCGCAGUUUCCUAAACAUUUUUGUUCCUCGGUUUAUCCAGGCAUAGUGAAAUGGCGUAUAUUAAGGUGCUGAUGCAUCGGUACAUGGUACAGAAAGAGUUAAUCCUUGGUAUCGGUUGCAUAUGCUUGAGAAACGCUUUGUCACCAUUCAUAUUAUUCUAAAUGUUGAAGAAUGCAAGAAAAUAAUACACAUUAUGAGGAUAUACGUUGUUGGUUUUUUUCAAGAAUGAAUAAAUAGUUUUUAUUUCCCUUCUGGAAAAAAAAUGGUGUCGGGGCUCAAACCAGUUUAACAGCUUGUUGGUGUUUUAUUGUUAGCUAAAACACUUUCAAUGUGAACAGAACAGAAACAGAAUAACUAGUCGACUCUUUCACUGUGAUAAUUAUUGCGACUGUCAGUUCAACGGGUUUGCGGGUUACAUGUAUAAAGACAAAGAUAACCUUUGAUUGCCCGACUUGUAUUUUGACGUCAUUUACUUUUGAGAACUGUCUAAGACUUUUUAUCCAUUGACCUUAUCCACAAAAUGGUCAACUGUUCUGAAAUUGCUUCCAUUGUGUAGAUUUGAAUCAAUUCUUUCGUACAUACCCUAUUCAUAGCGAUAUGUUCUUCAGUUAAUUGUCAAGGUUUGCACAAAAAAAAAUUAUAAUAAAUAAGUCCAAGUAAAUUCAACUGCUAUUAUUUAUGCUGUAAAUUAAGUUCCCACCCACGUUUUAUUUUACUUCUUUUGUGCACUUAACUUUAUUCUCGAUUUAUUAUCAUUGCUAUUUUUUUUUUACUGGUGAUAAAUCAAGGAAUGAAAUAGUUUUUACACGCCAUGAAUGUAAUUUGAAGAUUGAUUAAACUUUCUAUCUUUGAUACGUAA